AUGGCACCGCCUUUGAACUUGCUGAUCCGCGCCCUAGUGGCCUUUGAGGACAUCCUCAGGAGUCCCGGCUUCCACCGCGGCGUCGGCCGCAUCCAUCGGUACAUUGACGAGAAGCGCAACGGGCCCCUGCCGCAUGAGCCGUUGCGCCAGGGCCAGGCAUCCGCGAACCCGGACGAGCAGGGCUUUGCGCGGCACUUCUUCGAGGAGCUGAAGAACCAGCUCCGAGGGACGCCGACGAACCCGCCGCCGCCGCCACCCGGACCGCCCAAGCGAUGA